AUGCUGGUCAUGAUUGAAUUGGCAUGGGCUAUGGCCGGGCUCGAACAAUUUGAGAAAUCAGAUGGUAACCUCUCGGCCCAACCGAUGAUCGCAGGUGACAACCAUGUGCUUCCCUACCUAGGAUCCAAAGCCCAACAGCACGAUGCGAUCUUCAUCGAAGCAGUUCAGCUCCUCGACUCGAUGAAAUCUUCACCAUCCUGCAAUCGUGUUGCCGUAACGAGACUUGUCACAUCGUGUCAAUUCGUCGGGGGCAAAGAAACAGGCGAUUCGAACACUUAUGAAUAUGAAACCUUGGAUCGCAUUCGGUCUAUUUACGCAGCUCGACUGGCAAUAUGCGAAUUGAGUGGUGCCGGCGCCUCAGUUCCUUCUCCUUGUCUUCCGGUGGCAGUCUCUCAGCCCCCAACAUCCAACUUUCGAUUCCCGUUCACCAGUAAGCCCCGGUCAUCGCCCGAUACUAGCAUCGAUCUCUUGCCGGAAGACCUUCUCAGGCAGUGCCUGAAGGCUUUGGAGUCGCGACCUCAGUGGUGGACUUCCUAUAGCAACAACCGACAGAAUGCAAUGGUCAUUUGCCAAGCGGCUCGGAUUGAGGUGGAAAGAGAGGAACUGCUGGAUCUUCAUCGGGCCAUUGUGAAGACUAGCUCGAAGCUACAUGAAGGACUAGGGGCAGCACUGGACAAUGCCGCCCUGGAAGCAUCCCAGCAUCAUGCCUUUCUGGGAGAGGUCAGGACAAUGCAAGAGAGUCUCACGGCGGAUCUUGAGAAGUCAGCAUUUAUCACUCAGAAUGCGCUCGCUAGGCUACUCGGAGAGAUUUGGUCUGGCUUGGACAACGUCGCUACUUCGGCUAGCUCAAUUAUGGAUAAUCUUCGGGGAGAGGCGGGAAUUCUAGCAAAGGAACUUCGAGAUACCUCAGGAUCCGUUCGAAGUCUUCAAGACACUCUAUAUCAAGUGCAGGAAAACACAAUUUCGCGGAGCCAGGAAGUGAUUCGCAUACAUGAAGAAGAUGCUCUGGCGUACCGAGAUGUGGCUUCAGUUUUGCAUCAUUCACUUGAAUCAAUCGUGGACACAGACAUGGCCCGCCUUUUUCAGCGACUGAUGACAUUUGAUUCCUCAUUGGAAUGGCUGAAUGGCCGGCUUGUCAUGAUCAUGGAGCAGGAGAACAGAAUGUCUCAGCGCUUACAAACCAUGGAGACCUCCAUGGAGCAGUCAUACAACAGAGCCCAUGACCUACAGCAAGCUCAACAGUCUCAGGCGCAACUACUAGCCGCCCAGUUCAAAGUACAAGAUGAAAUGCAAUUCAAAGCACAGGUAUCUCAAGCUUUGCUGGAGAAAGUUGCUAUAUCAGCUGCCAACCUGCAUUCAAUGAUCGAUGACGCGACGGUGAAAUUCAAACGCACACCCGGGUUGCACUCUGGGGGUAUUUCAGCAUGGACAGUGUGUGCACUUCUUCUCAUUCUCAUCGGGGGGCAGAGCACCAGGAUGGCGAUUAGCCUGUUCUUUCUUAUCCUUGCUCCCGAUGCCUUCGCCCAGGUGAAGAAGGGCCUCAAGAACAUCUUUCGUCGGAAGAAGGAGAAGAAGGCUCAACAGAAUUCGGAUGCAAAGCCUACUGAGACUGCUGCCACUCCUGCUGCUGUUCCCGAAGCAACCCCCGCUCAGCCUGCUGCUCCCACCGAAGGCACUGCCCCAACUCCAACACCAGAGGCUACCCCAGCUGCUCCCACCGAAGGCACCGCCCCAACUCCAACGCCAGAGGCUACCCCAGCUGCCCCCGCUGAAUCUGCGCCUGCUGAGACCAAGCCUGCGGUCCCUACUCCUGCUGCUGGCACAGAUGGUGCUGCCGACCCUGUAACUGCCGCUCCCAAGGCCGAAGAACCUGCUACUGCUGCUGCCGCCGCCGUUCCCUCGCAGCAGGCUACCGAGACUCCCGCCAAGCAGGAGCCAGCCAAGUAA